GUUCUUCCCCGGCAACGCUGCACUCUUUAAGGAAUUAUUCGUCAAGAGGCCCAUUUGUGGCAGCGAGAAACCUUAAAACUUCCACUAACUAAGUCCUAGUGGUCACAGAGGCAGGCGUUAAUCCCGUAUAUAAGCGAGAGAGCAGAGAGAGAGAGAAAAUAGCAGGGAGGAGGCGCACUGAGCAGACGGCCGGACCAAACCCCACCCCAUUUGGCUUUGGGAUUUUGUGUGGAGGAAAUAAGCCCAAAAUUGAGAAAAUUCCCCGAUUAAACGCCGCUUCCCCUUCGUGGCGAAAGGCGGGCUGAAAGAGGAGAGGAAGGAGGUGAAAUUAGUCCCGAAGUUGGAGUGAAAGGAAGUCAAAAUUGGUAAUAAUAUUAGUUGAUCAGCAAACAUGGCGUGCUGUUUAAGCGAAGAAGCCAAGGAACAGAAGAGGAUAAACCAAGAAAUAGAACGACAAUUAAGGAAAGAUAAGAGAGAUGCCAGAAGAGAACUCAAACUACUGUUAUUGGGCACAGGAGAAUCUGGCAAAUCUACCUUCAUCAAGCAGAUGCGUAUUAUCCACGGUGCAGGUUAUAGCGAUGAUGACAAACGAGGGUUCAUCAAGCUGGUCUUCCAGAACAUCUUCAUGGCCAUGCAGUCAAUGAUCAGGGCCAUGGACCUUCUUCAAAUAUCUUAUGGAGACUCUGCAAACAGUGAACACGCAGAUCUGGUGCGAGCGGUGGACUAUGAGUCAGUCACAACGUUUGAGGAGCCAUAUGUAACUGCCAUGAAAAGCUUAUGGGCUGACACCGGCAUCCAACACUGCUAUGAUCGUCGCAGAGAGUACCAGCUCACAGAUUCAGCAAAAUACUAUUUAACAGACUUAGACCGCAUAGCUGCCGAGGACUAUGUUUCCACACUACAAGACAUUCUAAGAGUGAGAGCACCCACAACAGGCAUUAUAGAAUAUCCCUUUGACCUAGAAGAAAUCAGAUUUAGUUAUCUUGAUGAUUUGGAGCGUAUCAUAUCAUCGGACUUCUUACCGACCGAGCAGGAUAUUCUUAGGGCUCGAGUACCAACCACUGGAAUCAUUGAGUACCCCUUUGAUCUGGACUCAAUCAUCUUUAGAAUGGUAGAUGUCGGUGGUCAGCGAUCUGAGCGACGGAAGUGGAUUCAUUGCUUCGAGAAUGUCACCUCUAUCAUUUUCCUGGUCGCACUUUCUGAGUAUGAUCAGAUCUUGUUUGAGUCUGACAAUGAGAACCGAAUGGAAGAAUCAAAGGCCCUGUUCAAGACCAUUAUCACAUACCCCUGGUUCCAGCACUCGUCUGUUAUUCUCUUCCUUAACAAGAAGGAUCUGUUGGAGGAGAAGAUCAUGUACUCACAUCUGGUGGACUAUUUUCCAGAAUAUGAUGGACCAAAAGAGGACCAUGUUGCAGCUCGUGAAUACGUUCUGAAGAUGUACCUUGCCCAAAACCCAGAUCCCGACCGAAUGUGUUAUUCUCACUUUACUUGUGCCACAGGCCCACAGAGGGAUGCCAUUGCAGCCCGGGAGUUCAUCCUACGUAUGUUUGUAGAAUUAAAUCCUGAUCCUGAGAAGAUUAUAUAUUCACAUUUCACAUGCGCGACAGACACUGAGAACAUAAGGUUCGUCUUCGCUGCCGUCAAAGACACAAUCCUGCAGCUAAAUCUAAAGGAAUACAAUCUGGUGUAACGUAGAGCUGUGCCCAACUCUGGCCGAAAGUGUACCCAAGGUGAAGUGACAGCAUACCCCCCUACUCUUGUGAGGGGCUGUCGGUUGAGGCCUCACUUCAUCACCCUAAUAUGGACACUAAACUAUGAAGGCAGUCAUAUUUUGCAUUUUUAAAACCCAUAUUCAGUGUCCCAAAGAAAUAAAGCUCUUUUUUUUUUUUUUUUUUCUUUUUCUUUUUUUCUCAAUUUCCAAAGAUUUGUGUGAGCCUUCAGUUCCCUUCCAAGUCAACUGUUGGGACAGCUUCAGCUAUUUGCAGACAGCCUAAAUUGAGGAUGUUUUGAUGCCAAGGGGCUUGACACCUUCAAUUAUGUAGUUCCAAUUUAUGUAAUGUACGCCAUUUCCAAGUCCUCAGUUGCGUACAAUGUCUGUUAACCCAAAGUCUCACACCCGGAAGGGGCGGAUUAACUAGUCCAAAGCCAUGACUGGUUCCAUUUUUGACUGUUGCCAUGUUGCCAAAAGGACCGCCCCUACCCAUGUCCCGUGCUCAUUACCAACGCUGCCAACGAGCUUAGUGCUCUCUGGUCGUAAUGGUGCUCCCUAAGCCCUGAUUCACGCGUGUGGAUGUGUGUGUGUCGCUUAAGCCACACUCAGCCGCUGCUACAUGUGCGUAACUUGGAGCUAAUGUUAGUGUGUACACUGAUAAACAUCAUGGGCUGACACACUCCACAUCUAACGAAGUAUUGCUCCAGCCUCGUUUUCUUGCCUUUGCGGGAAAGUUUGCUUGCCUUGCAGGUGAUUGUUAGGAUGUUUUGUGUUGGUGGCUUUUGUAUAUUACACAUAUAUAAACAUUAUGUGGUCUAACGUUUCAUCUUUAGUGUGUGAUAAUAUGUAGUUGAUCAUGAGAGGAGCUAUCCAUUAUGUAUAGGCCUGCAAAGUUUCCUGGGGGUUAAGGAAGAAAGAAGUGCUUGCUACUGAGACUUUUAUGCACCUCCAAAGUAAUGCAUCUGGACCACAAGUAAGUAGAGCACAGAAAACUACUUGAAGAUGCAACAGCCAAAUGCAGUGAGUCUUAUGGCGUCCAGAGUGUGAGAAAAGAGAAAGAGUCAACAGAACAACAGAGAAGGAACAACAGAAGAAGAAGCAGUUUUAAAUUCUGAUUUCUGAGAGUGAUACUUAGAAAUGUUAAGCAUUGAGUACUUUGCUGCCACUUACCUUAGGUUGGUACAAAUCUGAAUAAAUCAGAUACCACGUAUGAGUAGCUGCUGUAAGAUUUGGAAAUGUAUCUACCUAUGAGGGCAUCAGUGCUUGUGAUAUAUUGGUGGUAGCGAGUAUGGCUUUAAAAUGUCUCUUUAGAUAGCCAGAUCUCCUCUGCCUGGUGAAAGGCAAAGCCAGGUAUCAACACUACCUACCAAGUGACACAGAAGCUUAUUGGUGAGGUGCUACAGACUGUAGGCUCUUAAUAUCUACUCUUGCGUCAAAAAGUGCAAUUCAAAGAUAGCUGACUCGGAGCUGAGACUUAAGACUCUUGUGGCUUAUGCGAAAGUGAGCCUAGAAUGGUAUUUUUGAGUAUCACUAGCCAUUUACUGAUAAUCAUGCUUGUAUGUGACGUGUGUUCAAUGCAACCUGGGCACAAGGGUGUGCCUGCAAACGUGUCCAGCACUGUCCCCGAUGAUAGGAUGUUGAUUUAUGAUAAUGAGUGUGAUAAUGGUGAUGAUUGUUGAAUGAUGAUGAUUGUAGACGGAAGCACUAGUCAGUAUGGGCGCGGGUAAACACAAUUGCCCACUGCUCAUGUUACUUGUAUAUAUGUGUCUGUAAUAAUAACUAUUAGGUGUAUGGGUGCGGGGUAACCUGGUGAACCCCCAUGGAUUGCCAAUAGAGAAGGUAGCGAAUGAACGGAUGCUGAGAGUAAAUGAACAGACCACGGACAAAGACGUUCCAAAAGCUUGGCGCACCCUAGCGAAAGGGCUGUGUGCUAAUUCUAGUCUCUGGUGCCAUCAGGUGUUUCUUACUAGACAAGCCCAUUCAAUUUUGGGCUGGUCUGAACCUGGCCAUUCUGGCAGACAAACUCGGAUCAGCUGGUGAGGGAGAAAAAACCCGUAGUUGACAGCUGAGCAGAGCGGGCAAAGUGGCUCAUGAUGAAAGCUUUGCCUGCAGCGUAGACUUAGCUCAAUCCCCAGCCAUGUGAGGUACGCAUGGCACGUGUGCUUCUGCUUGCAGGUUCUGCCAUGUUUGUUGGGCUGCUUGUAUAAUUAGUAGAGAGACUAAUGGAAUUACACACAGCCCUGGAAAUGAGCCUUGACCUUCCAAUCGUUUGUACACUUGUUGUUAUAUUCUUAACUUCAGGUUGCAUUUUGUCUAUUGUUUGUAGUAUGUACAGACCAAGUAAGGUAUUAUUUUUAUUCAUUAUCAUUACUUUUAUGGAAAGAAUGUGUUGACAAGUAAUUACCAAUCAUGUGUAUUCAAAAAGACUUGUACUAAGGUUAAAAAAUUGAAAACCCCAUAUGUACCAAAGUAUAACUUGAUUUUAUUUUUGAAGUGGCCGACAUGUAGCAUGCAGUAGUAGUGGGCGGAGGAGGCGUCCACAUAGCCACCCUGCUACCCCGCCCCGGUCUUUAGCACUGCCUACUGCUCCACCCACCCUGGGUCCUCCCCCGGCCCUGGGGGGCAUGGAAGCUUUGGCACCGGGGCAGGUGUGGCUUGGGGGGGCCAAGGCCCCAGUCUCCCCCCUGCAGGACCCUGGCCCCUCCCUGGCAUGUUGUCGCAAGAUGUAACCACCAGAGAUGAACUAAACCUUUCUAAUGGCUGCACCUUGCCCUGCCUCCUUCCUGGUGCCUAGCCAGUCACAACAGCGGUGUUUGGCUAGGUACUAGCGUGUGGGCAGCAAAAGGUCAACAAUACACCUGCUGCCCACACUUCCUCCCAUCCUCUGCAGUGCUUCAACCACACCAACUCGGUCCACUACUGUACUAUUCAUUAAGCUUCAGACUGAAAGAAAGAAAGGGAUUUGUGUUUUAAGAAUAAAUAUUUAUUGAAACAA